AGAAAACACCGGUGCUGCUGGUCUGGGAUACGGUCUGCUCUUCUCUGGGCUAGACAUCACAUCAUUAGCAAAGUCUACGUGCUUCAUACCUGAUUCAUUCAGACAAAAUGUCAACUACGACUGGUGGUGGAGAGUUUGGCAACCCUCUCCGAAAGUUUAAGCUCGUUUUCUUGGGUGAACAAAGUGUUGGGAAGACUUCACUCAUUACCAGGUUCAUGUAUGACAGUUUCGACAACACUUACCAGGCAACCAUUGGAAUUGACUUUUUGUCAAAAACUAUGUAUCUUGAAGACCGCACGGUCCGGCUCCAGCUUUGGGAUACUGCUGGACAGGAACGUUUCCGUAGCCUAAUUCCCAGCUACAUCCGUGACUCUACCAUUGCUGUGGUUGUUUAUGACAUCACCAAUCUGAAUUCGUUUCAACAAACCUCAAAGUGGAUUGAUGACGUGAGGACAGAACGAGGAAGUGAUGUCAUCAUAAUGCUUGUUGGAAACAAAACAGACUUGGCAGAUAAGAGGCAAGUUUCUGUUGAGGCGGCAGAGAGGAAAGCUCGUGAGCUCAAUGUGAUGUACAUAGAGACCAGUGCCAAGGCUGGCUAUAACGUCAAGCAGUUGUUUCGCCGUGUUGCUGCUGCACUGCCUGGGAUGGAUAGCACACCAGAAAAAAGCAAAGAAGACAUGAUCGACAUAAAAUUGGAGAAACAGCCAGAGAUGACUGUCACGGAGAGCAGUUGCUCAUGCUAGUACGCCUACCCACUCUCCGCGCGUCUUUUCCCACCAACAGCUUGUCUCUCAGUGGCCACUCUCUCCACCCUUUGGCACACUGCCAAUGGGAUGGAUCUGUCUUUCCCUUUUUAAACUCAGUGACUUUUCAGAGUUGCAAUGUGGAUGUGUAUUGAAACGGAAUAUCACAUGGGUAAAACAUUUAAGCAAAGUUACAUUUGUUCUGAUUCAUACAGUUGCAUGGCAUAAUAUAGGACGAACAUUGCAAUCUGCUUAUGGGUUACUGCACAGUUGAAAAUCCCAGUGCUGUUACACUUGCUAUGUUGUCAAGUAAAAUGCUUGGAAUUAUUUAAGAAGAAUUUUAGAACGAUACAUAUUUUUAAGCAUUUAGUUGCAGAUAAGUUAUUUCUUAUAGACUUCACUUUAAAUGCAAAUGGAUUUCAUAAAGGAUGUGCUUUUUGAAAUUGUUAUAUUAGGUUUAACAUUUCCUUUCCAAACAAACAUUGGUUUAAAAAAUUGUUUUUUACAUAAACUGCCAAAUAGUUACAUGCUUCAACCUUUUAUAUGGC